UGAAGAGAGCACUGUGUUACAGCUAUGAAUUAUUUGACUUUGAAAACUGUCUUUCUUUUUUUAAAACAGGUUUUACAAAAGAGGCAAACUAUUCGACUUCUAGAUUUUUUCCAGUUUCUUUUAUACGUCAAAACAUCUCAAAAUGGAGGCCUAAACCCCUUAAAAGGGACUUAGUCUGAUCUCCGGGAGGUAGUUUUGUGCAUGAAUACACAAAUUCAGUAGUGAACUGGAGUUUUCGGUGUCCAAAGAGUGUUAAUUUAAAAAAGCCUGGCUCAUAUGACCGAAUCUAGUCCUGUGAGUUCUGACCCUAAAGUGAUGACAAUCUUGAUUUGAAUCUGACUUGUGGGCAUAAAGGGGAAGUGAUUUUUGCUGGAACACAUUGUUGGACCCCUGGCUGCCGUGCAGCAUAGAAAAAAGGAACUCGUGUUUGGUAAAGAUCUAAAAAUGAGUGGCAGUUAUCUAGAACAGAGAGUAAACGCUCGGCCCUCUGCUAAAGUAGAGAGAUGUGCAGGAGAGACCUCCGAUGGGUGGCAGUCAGGAAUGCAUCCAUCCUGAUAAUUUAAUUGAAAUAGAACCACUGUGAUUCAGCGACCAAGUUCCUAACUAUGGGAAGUGAUUCUUAUUUAAUAAAUUUUGAAACCGGCCUUAAGACCCAUCAGCCAGUUCUAUUCCCAUUUAAGCUCUCAGUUGUAGGAAAGUUCUACAUCGUUCUGUGUGCCCUAUUAAAAUUAUUAUAGAAAGAAAAAUUAUUUAAUUUGAGCAAGAUUUGGGAUAUGCUGUAUUUCAGGGCAUCUGAGAUGUCACUGAUUGUAGGACACACUGUCAAUUUAAAUACUUUUGGGAAAUAAAAAUGCCGCUAAUUAAAAUCUGAUGUUAUUAGUUGUGAGAUACCUCUCGAUAACAAAGACGCUGAAAAGAUGCAUCCAGAAUCAGUGAAAUAGGGCUGUGCAUUCUCCUUUUAAGGUAGGUCUUAUCCUUUUUCUUUCUUUCUGGCUACCAAAUUUCGUCAUUAAAAAAAAAGCAAGAUGAACCUAGUUUGAGUUUAGUUCCUGUAGAGCACUUACUGAGCGCGGUUUCCCCUGCAAACAAGUCAGCUGAGAACAUCCCGCGUUUGACCUGCGGGCUGGCUGCGUGCUGCCCCGUGCCGGGGGACCGGGCGCAGAGUAGCCUCUGAUGCCCCACAGCACCCUGUGCCUUCCCCAAGGGUUUUGGUUGUCUUCAGGAGGAGCUGUGUGGCAUCACGCUUACACUGUGGGUGUAAAGAUUAUGUGAAGGGGCCGUGUCCAUAAUGGUCCCUUGAAAUGCGUGCGUGUGGAAAGCAGAGUGCCAGCGAGCCGACACACGGAGCGCGCGGACAGGAGGACAAGACAGGUGCCCGUGUCGAGCCCCGCCCAGAACCAAAAUGAACCCAAACCAAGAGCCGUGCACAAAACUACCUCCCCCGAGAAAGGCUAGUCCCUUUCCUUCCCUGUCCCCUUCACUAUGGACCUGGUCCAGGAGAGCCUCUGCCUGUCCGGCCUGCUGAAAAGCGCCCCCGCGCUUGAGCUGAGGUACGACCACUCGUGCGAGCUGUACCGCAUGUCCACGUUCUCGACGUUCCCGGCCGGCGUCCCCGUCUCCGAGAGGAGCCUGGCGCGGGCGGGGUUUUACUACACUGGCAUCAACGACAAGGUCAGGUGCUUCUGCUGCGGCCUCAUGCUGGACAACUGGAAACCGGGAGACCGUCCCGUGGAGAAGCACAGGAAGCUGUACCCCAGCUGUGCCUUCGUUCGGAGUCUAAGCACAGCCUCGGAGCCCGGAGGCCGCUGUCCACCCCCGCAGCCUCCUCUCGCCUCGAGCUCCACACGCCCGCUGCCGCCCAGCUUGGAGACCACGGGCUUUUUCAGCGGGUCUUAUACCAGCUUCCCAUCGAGUCCCGUAAACUUCAGAGAGAAUCGGGAGUUUGCUCCCCAGAGGCCCAGCCCCUGCGAGGGAGCCCUGAAGACUGCGGAGGACAGGCUGCUCACCUUCCAGACCUGGCCCUUGACCUCACCGCCGGCGCAGGAUCUGGCCCGAGCCGGCUUCUACUAUGUGGGACCCGGGGACAGAGUGGCCUGCUUCGCCUGUGGUGGGAAGCUGAGCAACUGGGAGCCGAGCGACAGCGCUCUGUCCGAACACCUGAGACACUUCCCCGACUGCCCGUUCGUGGACCGGCAGCUCCAGGACGCGCUGCAGAGCACCGUGUCCAACGCGAGCAUGCAGGCCCACGCGGCCCGUCUGCAGACCUUCUGCAGCUGGCCCUCCCGCGUGCCCGUGCAUCCCGAGCAGCUCGCCACCGCCGGCUUCUACUACACGGGUCACAGUGACGACGUCAAAUGCUUUUGCUGUGACGGCGGACUGCGGUGUUGGGAGUCUGGAGACGACCCGUGGGUGGAGCACGCCAAGUGGUUUCCAAGGUGCGAGUACCUGAUACGCAUCAAAGGACAGGACUUCAUCAGUCGGAUUCAAGCCAGUUACCCUCAUCUACUCGAACAGCUGUUAUCUACUUCAGACAACACAGAAGAUGAAGAUGCUGAAUUACCAAUUGUCCAUUUCGGACCUGGAGAAAUCCGUUCAGAAGACGCGGUCAUGAUGAACACGCCCGUGGUGACGGCCGCCUUGGAGAUGGGCUUCAGCAGGAGUCUGGUGAGGCAGACCGUGCAGAGUAAGAUCCUGAGCACUGGGGAGAAUUACAGAACCGUGAACGAGAUUGUGUCGGACUUACUGCACGCGGAAGACGAACUCAGGGAAGAGGAGAAAGAGCGAGCUGCUGAGAACAGAGACUCGGAUGAUGCAGCGUUGAUCCGGAAGAACCGAACGGUGCUUCUCCAGUGUUUGACUCAGGUGCCCCCGAUCCUGGACAGCCUGCUGACAGCCGGAGUGAUCAGUGAGCACGAGCGCGGGGUGCUGGAGCAGAAGGCGCGGACGCCUCUGCAGGCGAGGGAGCUGCUCGACACCGUGUUAGGGAGGGGCAGCUCGGCCGCCACCGUGUUUAAAAACUCUCUGCAAGAAGUGGACCCUGUGCUAUACAAGCGUAUCUUUGUGCAACAAGACCUAAAGUAUAUUCCCCCAGAAAAUCUCUCAGAUUUACCUGUGGAGGAGCAGCUGCGGCGGCUGCAGGAGGAGAGGACGUGCAAAGUGUGCAUGGACAAGGAGGUGUCCGUCGUGUUCAUUCCCUGUGGCCACCUGGUCGUGUGUCAGGAGUGCGCCCCGUCUCUGAGAAGGUGUCCUAUCUGUCGGGGCGCAGUCAAGGGCACAGUGCGUACGUUUCUUUCAUGAAAGCGAUCCCACACUCCCGUCUACACUUUUAAAAAUAGUGGAUUAAAUGUAUUGUAACUUUGACUACUAUACUGGUUUGUUUCCCUAACACUUUUUACCUCUUUGCCGGUCAAAACUGGUUUAUAUAAAUCUCUGUCUAAACCCUG